GCGCUCCAUCGGCCCCCAGGAACCUGAUCUUUCUCAUUAACGAGACGGCUCUGUUCCUCACCUGGUCUCCGCCUAGCGACAGCGGUGGCAGGAAGGACCUCACUUAUAACAUCAUGUGCCAGCGCUGCGGCGCCUCCGGUGGCGAGGAGGACUGUGAGCCGUGUGAGACCGACCUGCGCUUCGUACCACGCCCCCUGGGCCUCACCGGGACCUCGGUGGCUAUUCUGGACUUUGCCACACAUGCCAACUAUACAUUCCACGUAGAGACGGUCAAUGGAGUGUCUGGACUGGGAGGAAACACCAGACCCCUGGCUAAUAUCACUGUUACUACUGACCAGACUGGUCCUUCUCUGGUCGGGGUGGUGAGGAAGGACUGGGCGUCUGACAACAGUAUCGCCCUCUCCUGGCCUGAGGCCGAACAACAGCCUAACGUCAUACUGGACUAUGAGAUCAAGUACUACGAUAAGGAACAGGAACAGUCGGGAUACUCGUCGACCCGUACCAAGGCCCUCAGCGUCAUCGUGACCGGUCUCAAGCCCUCCACCGUGUACGUGUUCCACGUGCGCGCUCGCACCGCCGCAGGCUUCACCGCUUACAGCGACACGUUUGACUUCUCCACCGGGGACGAGGACUCAGGCAUGGCAGCUGACCAUGGGCAGGUGCUAGUGGUUGUCACGGCAGCCGUGGGCGGGUUCUCCCUACUCAUCAUCCUCACCCUCUUCUUCCUCAUCACCGGACGGUGUCAGGGGAUCAUCAAGGCUCAGCUGAAGUCAGAGGAUAAGAGGAGGGCCGACUUUCACAACGCGCCUCCUUUCCCUGGUAUCAAGACGUAUGUGGACCCUGACACAUAUGAAGACCCAACGCAGGCUGUCCACGAGAUAGAUCCUUCUAGAAUACGCAUCGAGAGGGUGAUAGGAGCAGGUGAGUUCGGGGAGGUGUGCAGCGGGCGUCUGCGUACACCGGGUCAGAAGGAGAUCCCGGUGGCCAUUAAGACCCUGAAGGGAGGCUACGUGGAGCGUCAGAGAAGAGACUUCCUCAGAGAGGCCUCCAUCGUGGGCCAGUUUGACAACCCCAACAUCAUACGGCUGGAAGGAGUGGUCACCAAGAGCAGACCUGUGAUGAUCGUGGUGGAAUACAUGAGGAACGGAUCCCUGGACUCUUUUCUGAGGCAGCAUGAUGACCACUUCACACUGGUCCAGCUGGUGGGGAUGCUGCAUGGCGUGGCGUCAGGGAUGGCCUACCUGUCUGACAUGGGCUACGUGCACCGUGACCUGGCCGCACGCAACGUCCUGGUAGAUGAGGGUCUGGUGUGCAAGGUGUCCGACUUCGGUCUGUCCAGAGUCCUAGAGGACCACACUGAGCCUGCAUAUAACACCAUGGGGGGUAAGAUCCCGGUCCGUUGGACAGCUCCCGAGGCCAUCACCUACAGGAAGUUCUCUUCAGCCUCCGACGUCUGGAGCUACGGCAUCGUCAUGUGGGAAGUGAUGUCGUACGGGGAGAGACCUUACUGGGAGAUGUCCAAUCAGGAUGUGAUCCUGUCUAUAGAGGAGGGUUACCGUCUCCCCGUCCCCAUGGACUGUCCUGGGGUUCUACACCAGUUGAUGCUCCACUGCUGGCAGAAGGAGAGAGGGCAGAGACCUCACUUCAACAGCGUGGUCUCCUUCCUGGAUAAACUCAUCAGGAACCCCAGUAGUCUACUGACUCUGGUGGACAACAGUUUUCCAGAAUCCCCGGAGGACAUGCCGGGCUACCCUCUGUUCAUCUCCAUCGGUGAAUGGCUGGACUCCAUCAAGAUGAGCCAAUACAAGCACCAAUUCCUGGCUGCAGGGUUCACCACCCUGGACUCUGUCUCCACCAUGAGGAUAGAGGACAUCAGGCGUAUCGGCGUGUCUCUGAUUGGUCAUCAGAGGAGGAUAGUGAGCAGCAUUCAGAGUCUCCGUCUACAGGUCCUCACCGUCCAACACAACGGCUUCCACAACUAAACCAACCCCCAAAACGUCUGCACAGACAGACAGGCCUGGGUGUGUUCAUUCGGCACCAAACGGAAGAAAAAACAAACUGAAACAGAGAACGAUUUUCCUGAACUCGUUCAAUAAGAAACGCUUGUUUCUAAAAAAAAAAAAAAUCUAGAUAUUCUCUCGGUAGACUGGUUGAACUGUUACCCAUGGACUACAAUGGUUUACCAAGAAGGCAUCUUAUCCUUGAUCCAGAAGACCGGGGAUGGAAGUAGUUUCAGCCCACGUCCUAAACAGCACCCUAUUCCCUUAUGGUGCACCGUUUAGGACAGACACAUUCAGUAUGAAGCACAUGGAGAGACAAGUGUACUGAUGGGUCUUCCUCUAAUCAAGUGGACGGAGACGGAUUGAAACAGGACUCUCAGUUUAGAGACCACUAUUUUUUGAACAAAAUGGGAUGAUAAAAUAUGUGUUUUAUUUCAGAUGUUUUGUUUCCUUGUUCAUUUAUUGAGCAGCAGAUUCUGACCAACUGAAAGAUAAAGGACAUUGUGGAGGAGAUUCUGAUCAACUGGAAGAGAAAGGACAUUGUGGAGGAGAUUCUGAUCAACUGGAAGAGAAAGGACAUUGUGGAGGAGAUUCUGAUCAACUGGAAGAGAAAGGACAUUGUGGAGGAGAUUCUGAUCAACUGGAAGAUAAAGGACAUUGUGGAGGAGAUUCUGAUCAACUGGAAGAGAAAGGACAUUGUGGAGGAGAUUCUGACCCACUGGAAGAUAAAGGACAAUGUGGAGGAGAUUCUGAUCAACUGGAAGAUAAAGGACAUUGUGGAGGAGAUUCUGACCAACUGGAAGAUAAAGGACAUUGUGGAGGAGAUUCUGAUCAACUGGAAGAGAAAGGACAUUGUGGAGGAGAUUCUGACCAACUGGAAGAUAAAGGACAACGUGGAGGAGAUUCUGAUCAACUGGAAGAUAAAGGACAAUGUGGAUGAGAUUUUGGAGCAAAGAGAAGACAAAUGAAUGACAUCUGAUUUUAUAAAUGUAUAGUCCAUCAUCAACCAUAAUAUAUGAAGUAUUUGUGCAAAAGACAUGUUCUGUGAAAAAGCCUUGUUCAGUUUGAUUAGACAUCCUUGUUCAGUUUGAUUAGACAUCCUUGUUUAGUUUGAUUAGACAUCCUUGUUCAGUUUGAUUAGACAUCCUUGUUUAGUUUGAUUAGACAUCCUUGUUUAGUUUGAUUAGACAUCCUUGUUCAGUUUGAUUAUACAUCCUUGUUCAGUUUGAUUAGACAUCCUUGUUCAGUUUGAUUAUACAUCCAUGUUCAGUUUGAUUAGACAUCCUUGUUCAGUUUGAUUAUACAUCCUUGUUCAGUUUGAUUAUACAUCCUUGUUUGAUUAGACAUCCUUGUUCAGUUUGAUUAUACAUCCUUGGUCAGUUUGAUUAGACAUCCUUGUUCAGUUUGAUUAGACAUCCUUGUUCAGUUUGAUUAGACAUCCUUGUUCAGUUUGAUUAUACAUCCUUGUUUGAUUAGACAUCCUUGUUCAGUUUGAUUAGACAUCCUUGUUUAGUUUGAUUAUACAUCCAUGUUCAGUUUGAUUAGACAUCCUUGUUCAGUUUGAUUAGACAUCCUUGUUCAGUUUGAUUAUACAUCCAUGUUCAGUUUGAUUAGACAUCCUUGUUCAGUUUGAUUAGACAUCCUUGUUCAUUUUGAUUAGACAUCCUUGUUCAGUUUGAUUAUACAUCCUUGUUCAGUUUGAUUAUACAUCCUUGUUCAGUUUGAUUAGACAUCCUUGUUCAGUUUGAUUAUACAUCCAUGUUCAGUUUGAUUAGACAUCCUUGUUCAGUUUGAUUAUACAUCCAUGUUCAGUUUGAUUAUAUAUCCUUGUUCAGUUUGAUUAUACAUCCUUGUUUGAUUAGACAUCCUUGUUCAGUUUGAUUAGACAUCCUUGUUUAGUUCGAUUAUACAUCCAUGUUCAGUUUGAUUAGACAUCCUUGUUCAGUUUGAUUAUACAUCCUUGGUCAGUUUGAUUAGACAUCCUUGUUCAGUUUGAUUAGACAUCCUUGUUCAGUUUGAUUAUACAUCCAUGUUCAGUUUGAUUAGACAUCCUUGUUCAGUUUGAUUAUACAUCCAUGUUCAGUUUGAUUAUACAUCCUUGUUCAGUUUGAUUAUACAUCCUUGUUUGAUUAGACAUCCUUGUUCGGUUUGAUUAGACAUCCUUGUUAGUUUGAUUAUACAUCCAUGUUCAGUUUGAUUAGACAUCCUUGUUCAGUUUGAUUAUACAUCCUUGGUCAGUUUGAUUAGACAUCCUUGUUCAGUUUGAUUAGACAUCCUUGUUCAGUUUGAUUAGACAUCCUUGUUCAGUUUGAUUAUACAUCCUUGUUCAGUUUGAUUCGACAUCCUUGUUCAGUUUGAUUAGACAUCCUUGUUCAGUUUGAUUAGACAUCCUUGUUCAGUUUGAUUAGACAUCCUUGUUCAGUUUGAUUAGACAUCCUUGUUCAGUUUGAUUAUACAUCCUUGUUCAGUUUGAUUAGACAUCCUUGUUCAGUUUGAUUAGACAUCCUUGUUCAGUUUGAUUAGACAUCCUUGUUUAGUUUGAUUAGACAUCCUUGUUCAGUUUGAUUAGACAUCCUUGUUCAGUUUGAUUAGACAUCCUUGUUCAGUUUGAUUAGACAUCCUUGUUUAGUUUGAUUAGACAUCCUUGUUUAGUUUGAUUAUACAUCCAUGUUCAGUUUGAUUAGACAUCCUUGUUCAGUUUGAUUAUACAUCCUUGUUCAGUUUGAUUAGUCAUCCUUGUUCAGUUUGAUUAGACAUCCUUGCUCAGUUUGAUUAUACAUCCUUGUUUAGUUUGAUUAGACAUCCUUGUUCAGUUUGAUUAGACAUCCUUGUUUAGUUUGAUUAGACAUCCUUGUUCAGUUUGAUUAGACAUCCUUGUUCAGUUUGAUUAUACAUCCUUGUUCAGCUUGAUUAGACAUCCUUGUUCAGUUUGAUUAGACAUCCUUGUUUAGUUUGAUUAAUCAUCCUUGUUCAGUUUGAUUAGACAUCCUUGUUCAGUUUGAUUAGACAUCCUUGUUCAGUUUGAUUAGACAUCCUUGUUCAGUUUGAUUAGACAUCCUUGUUUAGUUUGAUUAGUCAUCCUUGUUCAGUUUGAUUAGACAUCCUUGUUCAGUUUGAUUAGACAUCCUUGUUCAGUUUGAUUAGACAUCCUUGUUCAGUUUGAUUAGACAUCCUUGUUCAGUUUGAUUAGACAUCCUUGUUCAGUUUGAUUAGACAUCCUUGUUCAGUUUGAUUAGACAUCCUUGUUUAGUUUUCAUCCACAAUCUAUAUCUUUACUCAGCAAUAUUCAGUCUCCUUAGCUGACUGACUGACAGUCUGUUGCUUUGUCACUCAUUGCCAUGCCUUGUUUGGUUUAACAAGGACAGAGUAGUCAAGGGCACCAACAGAUCUGGGACCAGGCUACAGUCUCCUCACUUAUAGAACAAGGAGAAGAGAGCAACUCAACUCCACAACCAAUCACAAACCGAAAACAACCUCAGACAUGGACCAUAAGAACAGAUCUGGGACCAGGCAUGAACCAUAAGAACAGAUCUGGGACCAGGCAUGAACCAUAAGAACAGAUCUGGGACCAGGCAUGAACCAUAAGAACAGAUCUGGGACCAGGCAUGAACCAUAAGAACAGACUCUGUUUCUGGAGACACCCUCCUGGAGGUUUACACUCCGACCCUGUUCCUGGAGAGAGACCCUCCUGUAGGUUUUAACUCUGACCCUGUUCCUGGAGAGAGACCCUCCUGGAGGUUUUAACUCUGACCCUGCUCCUGGAGAGAGACCCUCCUGGAGGUUUUAACUCUGACCCUGUUCCUGGAGAGAGACCCUCCUGGAGGUUUUAACUCCAACCCUGUUCCUGGAGAGAUACCCUCCUGUAGGUUUUUACUCCAACCCUGCUCCUGGAGAGAGACCCUCCUGGAGUUUUUAACUCCAACCCUGUUCCUGGAGAGAUACCCUCCUGUAGGUUUUUACUCCAACCCUGUUCCUGGAGAGAAACCCUCCUGUAGGUUUUAACUCCAACCCUGUUCCCGGAGAUACCCUCCUGUAGGUUUUAACUCCAACCCUGUUCCUGCAGAGAGACCUUCCUGGAGGUUUUAACUCCAACCCUGUUCCUGGAGAGACACCCUCCUGUAGGUUUACACUCCAACCCUGUUCCUGGAGAAAUACCCUCCUGUAGAGUGUAAACCUCCAGGAGGGUAUCUCUCCAGGAACAGGGUUGAAACGAAAUCCUUCUGGACGGUAGCUCUCCAGGAACAGGGUUGGAGAACCCUGAAUAUUCUAUAUUUUCUGUCCUGUUGUUCUGGGAUGGGGUACUAAUGUAGGUUAAUGUAUUGCGGACCAAGGGCCUUUGGAAAGCAUGAUGGAACCAUGGUAGGAAAUGUAACACAUCAAUAUUCACACUGACAGGUUAAAUAGACUCAGACAACACAUCAUUAUACACACUGACAGGUUAAAUAGACUCAGACAGCUACAACACGUCAAUAUUCACACUGACAGGUUAAAUAGACUCAGACACCACAUCAAUAUACACACUGACAGGUUAAAUAGACAGAUACAUCACAUCAAUAUACACACUGACAGGUUAAAUAGACAGAUACAUCACAUCAAUAUACACACUGACAGGUUAAAUAGACAGAUACAACACAUCAAUAUACACACUGACAGGUUAAAUAGACUCAGACAUCACAUCAAUAUACACACUGACAGGUUAAAUAGACAGAUACAUCACAUCAAUAUACACACUGACAGGUUAAAUAGACUCAGACAGAUACAUCACAUCAAUAUACACACUGACAGGUUAAAUAGACUCAGACAACACAUCAAUAUACACACUGACAGGUUAAAUAGACAGAUACAUCACAUCAAUAUUCACACUGACAGGUUAAAUAGACUCAGACAUCACAUCAAUAUACACACUGACAGGUUAAAUAGACUCAGACAGAUACAACACAUCAAUAUACACACUGACAGGUUAAAUAGACUCAGACAACACAUCAAUAUACACACUGACAGGUUAAAUAGACUCAGACAUCACAUCAAUAUACACACUGACAGGUUAAAUAGACAGAUACAUCACAUCAAUAUACACACUGACAGGUUAAAUAGACUCAGACAACACAUCAAUAUACACACUGACAGGUUAAAUAGACUCAGACAACACAUCAAUAUACACACUGACAGGUUAAAUAGACAGAUACAUCACAUCAAUAUACACACUGACAGGUUAAAUAGACAGAUACAACACAUCAAUAUACACACUGACAGGUUAAAUAGACAGAUACAUCACAUCAAUAUACACACUGACAGGUUAAAUAGACAGAUACAUCACAUCAAUAUACACACUGACAGGUUAAAUAGACUCAGACAUCACAUCAAUAUACACACUGACAGGUUAAAUAGACUCAGACAUCACAUCAAUAUACACACUGACAGGUUAAAUAGACAGAUACAUCACAUCAUUAUACACACUGACAGGUUAAAUAGACAGAUACAUCACAUCAAUAUACACACUGACAGGUUAAAUAGACAGAUACAUCACAUCAAUGUACACACUGACAGGUUAAAUAGACAGAUACAACACAUCAAUAUACACACUGGCAGGUUAAAUAGACAGAUACAUCACAUCAAUAUACACACUGACAGGUUAAAUAGACUCAGACAUCACAUCAAUAUACACACUGACAGGUUAAAUAGACUCAGACAGAUACAUCACAUCAAUAUACACACUGACAGGUUAAAUAGACUCAGACAGAUACAUCACAUCAAUAUACACACUGACAGGUUAAAUAGACUCAGACAUCACAUCAAUAUACACACUGACAGGUUAAAUAGACAGAGACAUCACAUCAAUAUACACACUGACAGGUUAAAUAGACUCAGACAGAUACAACACAUCAAUAUACACACUGACAGGUUAAAUAGACUCAGACAUCACAUCAAUAUACACACUGACAGGUUAAAUAGACAGAUACAUCACAUCAAUAUACACACUGACAGGUUAAAUAGACUCAGACAACACAUCAAUAUACACACUGACAGGUUAAAUAGACAGAUACAUCACAUCAAUAUACACACUGACAGGUUAAAUAGACAGAUACAUCACAUCAAUAUACACACUGACAGGUUAAAUAGACAGAUACAUCACAUCAAUAUACACACUGACAGGUUAAAUAGACUCAGACAUCACAUCAUUAUACACACUGACAGGUUAAAUAGACUCAGACAGAUACAACACAUCAAUAUACACACUGACAGGUUAAAUAGACUCAGACAUCACAUCAAUAUACACACUGACAGGUUAAAUAGACUCAGACAACACAUCAAUAUACACACUGACAGGUUAAAUAGACUCAGACAGAUACAACACAUCAAUAUACACACUGACAGGUUAAAUAGACAGAUACUACACAUCAAUAUACACACUGACAGGUUAAAUAGACAGAUACAUCACAUCAAUAUACACACUGACAGGUUAAAUAGACAGAUACAUCACAUCAAUAUACACACUGACAGGUUAAAUAGACAGAUACAUCACAUCAAUAUACACACUGACAGGUUAAAUAGACAGAUACAACACAUCAAUAUACACACUGACAGGUUAAAUAGACUCAGACAGAUACAACACAUCAAUAUACACACUGACAGGUUAAAUAGACAGAUACAUCACAUCAAUAUACACACUGACAGGUUAAAUAGACAGAUACAUCACAUCAAUAUACACACUGACAGGUUAAAUAGACUCAGACAGAUACAACACAUCAAUAUACACACUGACAGGUUAAAUAGACAGAUACAUCACAUCAAUAUACACACUGACAGGUUAAAUAGACAGAUACAACACAUCAAUAUACACACUGACAGGUUAAAUAGACUCAGACACCACAUCAAUAUACACACUGACAGGUUAAAUAGACUCAGACAUCACAUCAAUAUACACACUGGCAGGUUAAAUAGACUCAGACAACACAACAUUAUACACACUGACAGGUUAAAUAGACAGAUACAACACAUCAAUAUACACACUGACAGGUUAAAUAGACAGAUACAACACAUCAAUAUACACACUGACAGGUUAAAUAGACUCAGACAUCACAUCAAUAUACACACUGACAGGUUAAAUAGACUCAGACAGAUACAACACAUCAAUAUACACACUGACAGGUUAAAUAGACAGAUACAUCACAUCAAUAUACACACUGACAGGUUAAAUAGACUCAGACAGAUACAACACAUCAAUAUACACACUGACAGGUUAAAUAGACAGAUACUACACAUCAAUAUACACACUGACAGGUUAAAUAGACAGAUACAUCACAUCAAUAUACACACUGACAGGUUAAAUAGACAGAUACAUCACAUCAAUAUACACACUGACAGGUUAAAUAGACUCAGACAUCACAUCAAUAUACACACUGACAGGUUAAAUAGACAGAUACAACACAUCAAUAUACACACUGACAGGUUAAAUAGACAGAUACAUCACAUCAAUAUACACACUGACAGGUUAAAUAGACAGAUACAUCACAUCAAUAUACACACUGACAGGUUAAAUAGACUCAGACAUCACAUCAAUAUACACACUGACAGGUUAAAUAGACAGAUACAACACAUCAAUAUACACACUGACAGGUUAAAUAGACUCAGACAGAUACAACACAUCAAUAUACACACUGACAGGUUAAAUAGACUCAGACAUCACAUCAAUAUACACACUGACAGGUUAAAUAGACAGAUACAUCACAUCAAUAUACACACUGACAGGUUAAAUAGACUCAGACAUCACAUCAAUAUACACACUGACAGGUUAAAUAGACAGAUACAACACAUCAAUAUACACACUGACAGGUUAAAUAGACUCAGACAUCACAUCAAUAUACACACUGACAGGUUAAAUAGACAGAUACAUCACAUCAAUAUACACACUGACAGGUUAAAUAGACAGAUACAUCACAUCAAUAUACACACUGACAGGUUAAAUAGACAGAUACAACACAUCAAUAUACACACUGACAGGUUAAAUAGACUCAGACAUCACAUCAAUAUACACACUGACAGGUUAAAUAGACUCAGACAUCACAUCAAUAUACACACUGACAGGUUAAAUAGACAGAUACAUCACAUCAAUAUACACACUGACAGGUUAAAUAGACAGAUACAACACAUCAAUAUACACACUGACAGGUUAAAUAGACUCAGACAACACAUCAAUAUACACACUGACAGGUUAAAUAGACAGAUACAUCACAUCAAUAUACACACUGACAGGUUAAAUAGACAGAUACAUCACAUCAAUAUACACACUGACAGGUUAAAUAGACAGAUACAACACAUCAAUAUACACACUGACAGGUUAAAUAGACAGAUACAUCACAUCAAUAUACACACUGACAGGUUAAAUAGACUCAGACAUCACAUCAAUAUACACACUGACAGGUUAAAUAGACAGAUACAUCACAUCAUUAUACACACUGACAGGUUAAAUAGACAGAUACAUCACAUCAAUAUACACACUGACAGGUUAAAUAGACAGAUACAACACAUCAAUAUACACACUGACAGGUUAAAUAGACAGAUACAUCACAUCAAUAUACACACUGACAGGUUAAAUAGACUCAGACAUCACAUCAAUAUACACACUGACAGGUUAAAUAGACAGAGACAUCACAUCAAUAUACACACUGACAGGUUAAAUAGACUCAGACAGAUACAACACAUCAAUAUACACACUGACAGGUUAAAUAGACUCAGACAUCACAUCAAUAUACACACUGACAGGUUAAAUAGACAGAUACAUCACAUCAAUAUACACACUGACAGGUUAAAUAGACUCAGACAGAUACAACACAUCAAUAUACACACUGACAGGUUAAAUAGACUCAGACAUCACAUCAAUAUACACACUGACAGGUUAAAUAGACAGAUACAUCACAUCAAUAUACACACUGACAGGUUAAAUAGACUCAGACAGAUACAACACAUCAAUAUACACACUGACAGGUUAAAUAGACUCAGACACCACAUCAAUAUACACACUGACAGGUUAAAUAGACUCAGACAUCACAUCAAUAUACACACUGGCAGGUUAAAUAGACUCAGACAACACAACAUUAUACACACUGACAGGUUAAAUAGACAGAUACAACACAUCAAUAUACACACUGACAGGUUAAAUAGACAGAUACAACACAUCAAUAUACACACUGACAGGUUAAAUAGACUCAGACAUCACAUCAAUAUACACACUGACAGGUUAAAUAGACUCAGACAGAUACAUCACAUCAAUAUACACACUGACAGGUUAAAUAGACUCAGACAACACAUCAAUAUACACACUGACAGGUUAAAUAGACAGAUACUACACAUCAAUAUACACACUGGCAGGUUAAAUAGACAGAUACAACACAUCAAUAUACACACUGACAGGUUAAAUAGACAGAUACAUCACAUCAAUAUACACACUGACAGGUUAAAUAGACUCAGACAGAUACAACACAUCAAUAUACACACUGACAGGUUAAAUAGACUCAGACAGAUACAACACAUCAAUAUACACACUGACAGGUUAAAUAGACAGAUACAACACAUGAGUAGGGUGAUCUCGCCCUCCCACACAAGCACACACACACAUACACACACCAAUCAUCGUCCUCAUUCAUCCCCAUCACUGGAGAGAUCCCCACAUAUUGUCCUGACAUUGAGAGCUCUCAUGGGGUGGAUCUGUGCAACAGAUGCUCAGGACGUUUUUGCGGGGGCGACACCACUUCCUCCCUCCUGCCCCAGCAAUGCACUCUGGGAUCUGUAGUAGUAUACAUGUACACAUUAUGAAUGCUUCCCCCCCCUCCUCCUUACAAUUUUCAAAUGUAUUUUUGUAUAAUUUAUUAAGGGACAUUACGCCCUUAACUGGUGAUCAAUAAAAGCCUUGUUGGCUGGGUGUUUGUAAAACAAAAUGUAGGCUCUGAUGGGGAUGAUGUAAAAUAGUAUUGCCAUCAUUUUGACUCAACUAUUAAAAUAUUCUUCCUA